CCUUCGACAAUGGAGGGUUGGAGCUUGGGGUGGCUCAACUUCCAAACAACUCGCAGCCACACUGCGCGAAUCACACGAACAUAUCACAACUAGCAUGGAGAGCCCUGUUCCAAAGGAUACUGACGGCAUUGAUGACGAUGCGUCGUCUGACGACGAAGACGAGUCUACGCUUGGGGUGUCCAUGUUAACGCUGAAUGACCCGAGUGACAAUGGCGGCGACAGCGAGGACGACCCGAUGCAGCGCUUCUUCGACAUGUUGUACAAGGAGUACCCCAUGCAAGUCGCCAAGCAGAUCUCCCGGGACGAGCGGCGCACCAACGGGUACCUGUCGUCAACUCUAGUGUACGGCGAGAUCGACUUUCGCCACUUUCGCACCGUAUUCACGUCCAUUCUCAAACAUCAUGACGUGUUGACCAAGCCGGGCGGGGUGUUCCUCGACAUCGGAUGCGGCAGCGGCCGCCCCGUGUUUGCCGCGGCGCUACUGCACGACUUUGACGAGUGCGUUGGGGUCGAGAUCCUCGACGGACUCGCGCAAGUGGCGGCGGAUGUCGCGACGACGUGGCAUCGCGAGAAGAAGGACGCCAAGCUGUCCGCGCUCAAAAAGCGGACGCGGAUCGUUAUCCACCACGGAGAUGCAACGGCCAUGGACUGGCCGAGCGCCGACUUUAUCUUUUGCAACUCGACGUGUUUUGACGAGCGACUCAUGCUUGCCGUGUCCAAGCAUGCGAUCGCGACGGUCAAGAAGGGCGGCGUCGUCGUCACCGCCACCAAGCCGCUCGUGCUGGACACCCAAGAUGCUGUCGCCGCGGUCGCGCUCGUGUCCAAGUGCAAGAUGCAGGAGAGCUGGGGGCCUGCUACGCUGUACAUUUACAAACGGGGUUAAAAAGGAAGUUAUCGCAUUAAGAAACAUCUAAAAGUCGUCGUCGUCGUCGGCGUCUUCCUCGUCCGAAAAAUAGGUCCUUCGCUGGAUCGUGACCUUGGUGCGCUGUUGAUCCUCCGCGGCGCCCGUGCGACUCAACAACUCGAUGAACUUGGCUUCAUCGAUCUGACCAGGCAGUUGACCGCGCUGUGCCAUCUGGAUGAUCGUGUCUUCCAGUGCCGCCGCCUUGUCGGGCUUGACAAUCGCAAUGCGCGACACUAAACAUUACAUGAGGGAAGGGGUUGAGCGAGGUCACGACUACGUAC